CUGCUGCUUUUUUCUAUCAGGGAGCUUACAGUGAUUCCUGCAAAUCCAGCUCCCAUGUCUGUCCAGGAUUCACCUGCAACAAAGGGUGGGAGUUGCACAGAGAAGGCAGAGUAUGCUCAAUCAUCAAGAAGAAAGAACUUGCCAAAUUCCCUAGAGCAUAAGAUACAGUGCUUGGAAAAACAGAGAAAUGAGCUCCUGGAAGUUAAUCAGCAGUGGGAUAAACAAUUUAGAAACAUGAAAGAGCUUUACGAGAGGAAGAUUUUGGUCUUGUUUUCUUGUUCUUUACUUCUGAAGGAAAAUGAAACACUAAAUAAAGAAUUACAAGAACUAAAGAAAGAGAAUAAGCUUUUGAGAGAAAAAAACGUCUUGGUAAAUAAGAAGACAGAGCAUUAUGAGAGUGAAAUUCAACGCCUCAACAAGGUUCUUCAGGAUGUCCUGAAAAUCGAGCGAUCUUCAUGUCCCUGGGAAUGUUCCAGGCUGGGACAAGCAAAAUGCAGCCAGUCAGAGCUGAGAAUAGAAAUGGAAGUCCUCAAGCAGCAGGUACAAAUAUAUGAAGAAGACUUCAGAAAGGAGCGAUCAGAUCGAGAAAGACUUAAUCAAGAGAAAGAAGAACUGCAGCAAAUCAAUCAAAGUUCUCAAUCCCUACUGAAUAGGCUGAAUUCUCAGAUAAAAUCUUAUCAGAUGGAGAAAGAAAAACUAGAAAGGCAACUAAAGCAGAGGCACUCAUGCAAGUGUGGUGUGGUGUCCUAUCUGACGGAUUCUUGGGGACCCACAGACUCAGGGGCUACAUGAGAUCCACGUGAGCAGUCCAGAAGUAAGAGUCCCCCUUUCACCGAGGAAGAGCUGGGGCAUCUCCUUCGGUAAAACUUUGUCUCUCUGGAAGUUUGGCAUGCUAUUGUCUACAGAAAGAGCCUGUGUUCUGUAAGUCAGCCCUCUGCUUAGCACAGUUCAAGUUGUCAUGUUUAAGUUCAAGUUUCCCUUGGGACCAAAUCCGCAGGUCAUGUGCCUAUCAAUAAAUUAGCUCCAAGAUAGCAAAGUCUUUGAACAACCAUGACAUUUU